AUGGGAGCUAAAUACAAGGGAGGCGAUUAUGAUGGUCAGAUUCUACAGUUGGAUGAGAAUGGGAAGCUUUUGAGUAAACCCGAAACGCUACGACUGACUAACGCAUUUCAAGCUUGCAUGGUUUAUGAGUACAACAAAGAACGUGAUUUCGAACAUGUAGUCGGCACAUAUAUGACGGAAACAAGACCGUGUGACUCGAAAUAG